AUGGAUGCAGAGAUGAAGACGAUGGCUUAUCAAAAGGAAGUGGCAGAGUGGCUGUGGGGGGGGUUGUUUGGAUGGCUGCCAACCGGGGAGGACUUGACUAUCCCACCAAGCCAGUAUGGUCUGCAGGUCGUGAUGGGGUUUGGGUUCGGGUUCCACAUGGGGACGUUGCUGAUGAUGAUGCCGCUUGCGGUCAAGCAAGAGGAUAUGCGUAUGUUGUCUGGCGUUCUGUUGUCAACUCUCAGCUAA